GCGCGGUCUCCGCCUCCUCCCCCCACCCCGCCUGCUCGGCGGCGGAGGCGGCGGUGGAGGCAGCGGUUGUCCCUGCCUCUCCGCCACCUCCCCCUCGGCCUAUCCCCCGGCCGGCGGCGUUGGCGGGGAGGGGGACAGUAGUUGUAGACGCCCGCCCCUGCCUCAAAGAAGACACCACAUUGAAUGAACAAAGAUUGAACUUUUUACGGAUACCUUUUGUGAAAGAUGUAUGUGGAGUAUGAUAUAGUUUGAAUCACAAAGGAUCUCACAUUAUGAGGUGACUGGGAGUGGAGUAUUGGACAAAAACAGAUUUUGUAAUCUCUGCAUCAUGUUUUUUAGCUCCCCGGUUAUUGCACAUUCUCGUUAUUUGGGGAAAGUUCACGCUAGAAAACUGAAGCAAUUAAUGGGUGAAUAUGAUAAGAUUUCUCCACCAAGUUCUCAGCGUGAUAAGGAGACUCCCUUGUUGUCAACCUAAUGAAGCAUUCAAAGAAGACAUAUGACUCUUUUCAAGAUGAACUUGAAGAUUAUAUCAGAGUGCAGAAAGCCAGAGGCUUAGAGCCAAAGACUUGUUUCAGAAAGAUGAGAGAGGACUAUUUGGAAACCCGUGGGUACAAAGAAGAGGUUGAUUCCAGACCCAGGUAUAGAAUGUUUGAUCAAAGACUCCCGUCUGAAACUGUCCAGACCUACCCAAGAUCGUGCACUAUCUCACAAACAGUGGAAAACCAGUUACCUCAGUGGCUACCAGCUCCUGACAACAGGUUGAGACUAGACUCCCUGAGCUACUGUCAAUUCACCAGGGACUGUUUCUCAGAAAAACCAGUACCCUUGAACCUUAGUCAGCAAGAGUAUAAUUAUAGCUCAUACAGUGUAGACUCUGGUUACAAACACCUCUGCUCAGAAAACAGUACCAGUGCCCAUCAAGCCAGUCAUAAACAGACACAUCAGAAGAGGAAAAGGCACCCCGGGGAAGGCAGAGAAAAACCAAAGGAGGAGCGGCCCAAGCAUAAGAGGAAAAAACCUUGUGAGGAAAUAGAUUUAGACACACACAAGAGCAUCCAAAGAAACGAAAGAGAGGGGGAAACAGUCAGGGUCAGUACAGAAAAGCCUAAGAAUCGAAAGGAGAAAAAAAGCCGAGAUGUAGCCUCUAAGAAAGAGGAACGUAAGCAUAGAAAAGAGAAAAAGGAACAAGGCAAAGAAAGAACAGAGGAGGAGAUGCUUUGGGACCAGUCUAUCCUUGGAUUUUGAAGCUCUUGAGUUGGUUCUCCCGAGGUUAAAUUGAAAAAAUAGUUGAGGACCUUGGUGUUAUAAUGUUCAUGUUCUUAUCACUUUUUGCAUGUGAACAGAUACUUUAACUUCUAACAAAGGCCAAUGAACAGAAAGUAUUUAGUGUGCUUACUCUCCAACGUGAAAAUUACUUUUCCUUAUUUUCUAAAAGCGUCAUUACAUUUUUCUUAUAUAUAAUAUAAUUUCUCUUAAUGGGAGUAGCACUGCUUUUAUUCAUCAAAUUGCUAUGAUAGUGGAGGUAUUUUUUUUCUCAGGAGGUCAUUUAUUUUAAAUUGGAGGAUUAAGAGGCUUUGCAGAGUCUAUUUCUUGAUUGGAUUUGUUUUAGUUUUGGGUGGGGUAUUUUCAUAUUCAUUAGUUUUUCUCUAUGAAGCAAUUUAGAUUGAUUUUUUUUCCUUUGUUAAAUCUAACUUGCAGUGUGUUUUCUAGAUUGGAAAGUGGAAAAUGAAAUACAUUAUAUAAUAAUAAUGAUUAAUAAUAAUAAAGGUUACAUAUAGUUUUAAAGCUUCAAAGAGUCUUUAUACAAAAUCAGCUUAUAUUCUGGAAAUGUUUAUAAUAAAUUGUUCUAAUUUCUGCA